AUGAUUAUCGUCAACAGCCACCCUCAAGACGCGUACGACGUCAAGUCCCCGCCCGUCCCUGAAAAACAUCCACGGCCUGCUGAGGCCCCCUCUCCUCGGGUAGAGUCCGCGCUCCCUCCCCCUCCCCCAUAUUCCCCCCCUGCUGGUCCCAGUCGCGUCCCCGAACCGACCCCAGUGCGCUCGGAGCCGAUCUUCCAGCCUCACAACCCCCAGACCGUCAACCGCUUUGAGGUCUUCUCAAAGCAUGCCCCAGUCUCAGGUGCGUCCUUCGUCCUUCCCGACUCACUGUAUGCGCCCCCCGCCUCACGCAAGACCAUGAAAGGCACCUACUUCAUCGACCCCGCCCUCCCCUCUCCCACCUCCGGCCUCUCCCGCCGCAUGUGCCGGAAGCAGGACCGCGCCUGGGGCAAGUCGCGCCACAAGUCCGACGUCCACGCCUCCUUCACCACCCGGCACGGCGCCCUCACCCUCGACCUCGCCCUCGUCGCCCCGCCCUUCGCCUACGGCCGCGAGCCGACCCGCGUCGACGUCCACAGCGCCCACGGCCGCGUCCUCCUCGACGUGCACGACGCCGCCCCCUCCCGCGCGCUCGACCUCCUCGUCGAGACCCGGCACGGCAAGAUCACCGUCCUCCUCCCGCCCGCAUUCUCCGGCCCGCUCGUCAUCGGCACCCGCCGCGGGAACGCGAGCCUGCUCCCCGGCCUCGCCGCGCGCGCGCGCACGCUGCGCGCGACGGACCGCGAGACGCUCUGCGUCGUCUCCGCGCCCGGGCAGCCCCCGAACGCGCUCGUGGACGUCAAGGCGGCGGACCCGGGCCAGGACCGCGCGCUCGUCCGCUCGAAGCACGGCAAGAUCCUCAUCGGCAUCAGCGGGGUCGACCGCGAGCCUGAAGCGGCGCGCGGCGGGGGGCUGUUCGAGACGCUGGGGCGCAUCCUCGAGAGCCAAGGCGCGGCGUUCGGGACAUAUGUCGAGGGGCAGGCGCGCAAGCUGGAGAGGAAGCUGACGGAGCGUGGGGAGACGAUCGCACGGCAUAUCGACACCCAGGUGGAGAGGCAGAGGCAGAAGACAGCGUCGAUAGAGGCGAGAAAGUGA